ACCGUUCUAAUUACCGGCAUGAUUGAGAGCUUCUUGCUCACUUUCUACUGACAGAACUUACUGGACGAUCUGUAGGUCCCUUUCUGCAUCCUACCCAUCCAAAAUCAAUAAUCCUUUCGUCAUGGACUGUGCAACUUUCGCAACUCUGGCCCGACGCGCAUAGGUAAUGGCGCGCCGAGGGAAGCAAUCGAGUACAUUGUCUACUAUAACUAGCCACUGUCCUACUACGCAAGACUCAUUUACUUCCGGUACAGACAGUCAGAUAGUUGAUAUUGGAGACGAAGAAUACCCUAUUAAUUGCAUCCUCGACGAGACGCGAACGAGAUAUCUCAUUGACUGGAAGGGACCGUAUUCGCCGACUUGGGAACCGAAAGAGUGUGCUAACGACGCUGCAAUAGAAGCCUGGGAAGAGAAAAAGAAGGUAGACAUUCAGUCGAGGAGACGGCGAAGACUGUACAGAGGGAAAAGGAGACAGUCAGCUCACAGCGUUGGCAGCUCUCAGCAGAGCUCAGCGGAGCCAGAAAGAUCCAAUUCUCAAUCGCCAUCGCCGCUUUUUUUACCUGGCAAGACGGUACCGGAGACGCAGAGUACGGAAAGCACGCAUAAGACGACAGGAGAACACCACAUCAUACAGGGAAGUGCUUCUCUUGAAAGCUCAAAUCCACCAUCAACAACUGGCACAUCAUCUGUGGAAAAUACUCCUCUGCGUUCAAUUGGUGCGACAUUGCAGACUUUAGGCGCUCUACAGAAGUCUAGCGUUAACAGCACACAAAGCUCGCUUGUCACUGGGACUCAUAUAUCGUCUUCGAGUGCAAUAUCUGGGUCGAUAGGUUCAUCUCAUGAUCGUAUCGUUAACCAAUACUGCCGGUCUUUGCGAGACGUCUAUUACUUCCAGACUACAACAAUCCAAGCGGAUGAGAUAGCUGAGACGCAAUCCAUUCCUGAAGCCCUUCCAGUGCGGGUCGAAACGCCAUCUACCCAGGCCAAAAAGUCAACACAGUCUCAAAUAAGUUCAAUUCCGGAGACCGUAUUUGAUUCUAACCAGAACCCUGUCAGAUCUCAAACAGGCUACGGGCUACACAAUCUUAGCCAGCGCACGCUUUCUGUCUCCGUGAGACAUACCCAGGACUCAAACCCUAGGACUGAACCUAUCCUUUGUCGUAGGAUCACGCCGUUAUUCCCAACUCUUUACAGUUAUUACGAAAAGAAUUCCGCCAUCAUGGAGAACAGCCCGGAUAGCAGCAGGGCGCCAAAAUCCGGUGUCCCCGAGAGAUACGACCAUGUUCCUGGCUCUACCCCGAGGGAAAAACUGAGGAGCCUGUAUGCUCAACUGCAGGCCGAUUUUCCCCCUCGAACUUUGCGAAGCGUCAGUGCUAGUGCCACUCCGUCGUCUGCCGGGGACAUUGAACCCGCAGCAGCAUCAGCACCCGAAACUACGUCUCCUCUUAGUAUUCGAGUGGAUAAGGAACCGACUUCACAUGCGGCACCAGCCGAUCUACAUGACCAGCCCGGACAAACGUACGCUGGAGCUGCACUCCCUGAAUACCAUGAGGGCCCUCUGAUGCAGACAAUCCAGCCCAGCGAUUUGACUGUCGUUCCCGCGGAAGAGGCUCCUCCCGGCUCAGUUCAACUUGGGGCGUCAGAAUUCGCCAUGACUCUUCCUAUGGAUUCUAGGGUGAAGGACGUCUAUGAACGAAUCUUAACCGACGAGUCACAUGUCAUCAAAAACUUCCACUCUCUAUUCACAUCUGAAUCGAUACUUGGGAACAAUGAGCGAGAACAAGUGAUAUCUCAGAUGCGCCGAGUGGUAGAGAAGCUAAACAACACAACAGUACACCCCGACUUGAACAUAGCUGAACACAUUCAAGAUUCACCAAGUGAUCCAGAGAAGGAAGCUGCUUGGGCCGAGUAUUCGAGCUCCAAGUUUCAACUGCUAGGCUACUUUGUGGAGAUGGCGGAAAGUCAUGAGCUCCACAUUAUUCUCAUGGUACGAGAAGGAAACACUGUAGAUCUCGUGGAGCGAUACCUCCUGGGAAAGGGAUUUGAAUAUACUCGACCUCGUUCAGAAAUGGGCAGUGGCACUAAUGUCGAGAUAUCGAUGACCAAAGGAGCACUGAGCUUCGGGAUCCGCUCAGCGCAAAGUGAUGGUGUCAUUGAGCUUUACAGAAACCCAACUGCCAUCUUCUCUCUCGACUCGUCCUUCAAUGCAAAGAACCCUUCUAUAGAGCACCUGCGGACAACCUUUGCCCGGAAUGGAAACCUACUCCCUGUUGUUCGAUUUCUUAUUUCAAAUAGCAGCGAGCAUAUUGAGCGUUGUUUACCGAAUCUCGCUGAACUACAGCGCCUUCGCCUUCUUGCACAUUAUAUUUAUCGCCUUCAUGAUACAGUGGGCGAUCUUCAAGAUGAUGCCCUCAAUGUCCACGAGGAUGCGGAAGAACUCCUUUCAUAUCUUCUUUCUGACAAUUUCAACGCAAGCUGGUCUUGGCCGACGAUUGAACCGCUCCAGAUUCUCAGUCCAGCGGAAAUUGCUUCUGCCUUAGGGCCGGAAGCUAUUGAUCCCAGUGUUCAGUAUAUGCAGACAGCGGGUUCUCUACAGAAACGGGUCCUUGAUGGCGAUGACCCAGAUGCGCGUAGUACAAAGAGACAGCGGUUCUUAGCAUCCCAAGAUACCAGCCAGGUAUCAGACUCUACCGCGCAGCCAACUCAGACGUUAGACAAUGACUUACAAUCCUUGGAGAGGAGUCUUAUCCAGAUGAAAAACACGCAUGCUAUUGAAUUACGGCAGCUUCGGGCAACUCUUUCUGAAGCUCAAUCUGGAAACAAGCAGAAGACAAUAGAGUUGGCAGGUUUGCAACACCGAUACGAGUCACGCACCAAGGAUCUUCAUAAAACGCGGCAGGAACGAGACCGUUUGGCUGAGACGGUGACCAAGUUAGAGCAAAGACUUGAAAGGCAGCGUGACGAGAUUAGCAAGUUGAAAGAUGAGCGCACGCAAUUGAAGCAUGACCUAGAAGCUGCAAGAGAAGCGUUAAAGAGUGGUGGUGGUCUCGAAGCUGACCUUGAAGCUGCUCGUGAAGAAGUACGCCGUCUCUUACAAGAGAAUGCGAACCUUGAAAGAAGGGCCGAUUACGAGAAGAAGCAAUCUGAGUAUACACGAGAGCAAUAUCAGAACGCUUCAACAGCAGCUGCACAGUCCGGUCUCGAGAUACGUCAACUUAAGGAACAGAAUGAAGAACUCAAACGGAAGGCAACUGCGAAUGCGGCACAGCUCAAGGAAAUUAAAACGAGCAAUGAUGACUCUAGGCACUACGCACGAGUGCAAGAGCUGGAAGCUACUCUUGCAUCAAGAGAUGAGCUGCUACGCAGGAAAGAAGAUGAGCUUAGAGAUCUUAAAAGAAACCGCCCAUCUACGCGUUCUACGAGCACUCAACCGCGAAGCCCUAAGUGGGCCUCAACGAACAGUCGUCCUACUAGCCCAGGCGUUAACAACUCAGGCGCAACAGGCAGAGGCAGUGCGCUUAGAUUCAGCUCAGAAAUGUCUACUUAGAAUCCUUUCUACUUCAUCCAUGUUGGAGGAGGGCAAUCUCCGAUCAACUGCGGGCAGAAUGUUUUCAGCGCUUUUGAUCCAUUAAAGAAUGGACAGUUUAUUUCAAUGAUCUGAGUUUGGCGUCAUCAAUGAGUCGUUUGUUUGUUGAGUUCGUGGAGUAUAGGAGUUGAUCCAUUUACCUUCAGUCAUAUCCAUUGCUCCCGUCUGUCUUUUUAGUACUUCUGAGAUCGACUUUUGGCAUGUCUCUCCCCUUCAUGCCUCGCUCUGGACAAAUUGACGACUCCAGGAUGUUAUCUAUACCGUGCCAGCAGAACUAGAAUAAGUGUAUCCCAUCUUGUUUCCUUCUAGCCGUAACUGCGCCAAAAGGACUACUUAAACGUCCAUUUAUCUGCUCCUUAAGUUUCAGCAUUUCCAACCGGGAUAUUUCAACCUCUGAGUUGUUCGACUGGAGCAUAAGUACUGACAAAUCCUAUCUUUCAU